AUGGAGCCCCGCAGCAUGGAGUACUUCAGCGCCCAGGUGCAGCAGAAGGACGUGGGCGGCCGCCAGCAGGUGGGCCAGGAGCUGCUGCAGUACCUCGGCGUGCCCGGCGCCAUCCCGGACCUGGAGGAGGACGUGGGGAGCCUGGGCAGGACGAUCGACGCCCUCACCGGCUGGGUGGGCUCGAGCAACUACCGGAUAUCAUUAAUGGGAUUGGAAAUUUUAAGUGCCUUUGUGGACAGAUUGUCAACACGAUUUAAGUCCUACGUAGCAAUGGUUAUUGUAACUUUAGUAGACAGACUGGGAGAUGCCAAAGAUAAAAUUCGUGAUGAAGCUCAGAUUCUGCUCUUGAAGUUAAUGGACCAAGUAGCACCACCUAUGCACAUUUGGGAACAGUUGGCUUCUGGGUUUAAGCACAAGAAUUUUCGAUCUCGAGAAGGCGUGUGUCUAUGUCUUAUUGAAACCUUAAACAUUUUUGGAGCUCAACCACUAGUCCUCAGCAAGUUGGUACCACAUUUGUGUAUCCUAUUUGGAGAUUCCAACAGCCAGGUGAGAGAUGCCGCAAUAUUGGCUAUAGUGGAAAUUUAUAGACAUGUGGGAGAGAAAGUAAGAGUGGAUCUUUCUAAGAGAGGAAUUCCCCCUGCUAGAUUAGAAACGAUAUUUGCCAAAUUUGAUGAAGUGCAAAAUUCAGGCGGUAUGAUUUUGAGUGUCUGCAAAGAUAAAAGCUUCGAUGAUGAAGAAUCAGUGGAUGGAAAUAGGCCAUCAUCAGCUGCUUCAGCCUUCAAGGUUCCUGCACCUAAAACAUCCGGAAAUCCUGUCAACAGUGCAAGGAAGCCUGGUUCAGCAGGUGGCCCUAAAGUUGGAGGUGCUUCCAAGGAAGGAGGUGCUGGAGCAGUUGAUGAAGAAGAUUUUAUAAAAGCCUUCACAGAUGUCCCUCCUGUUCAGAUCUAUUCUGGUCGAGAACUUGAAGAAACAUUAAAUAAAAUCAGGGAAAUUUUGUCAGAUGACAAACAUGACUGGGAUCAGCGUGCCAAUGCACUUAAGAAAAUUCGAUCAUUGCUUGUUGCUGGAGCUGCACAAUAUGAUUGCUUUUUUCAACAUUUACGCUUGUUGGAUGGAGCACUUAAACUUUCAGCUAAGGAUCUUAGGUCCCAGGUGGUUAGAGAAGCUUGUAUUACUGUAGCCCAUCUAUCAACAGUUUUGGGGAACAAAUUUGAUCAUGGCGCUGAGGCCAUUGUACCUACACUUUUUAAUCUCGUCCCCAAUAGUGCAAAAGUCAUGGCAACUUCUGGAUGUGCAGCAAUUAGGUUCAUCAUUCGGCAUACUCAUGUACCCAGACUUAUACCUUUAAUAACAAGCAAUUGCACAUCAAAAUCAGUUCCUGUGAGAAGGCGUUCAUUUGAAUUUUUAGAUUUAUUGUUACAAGAGUGGCAGACUCAUUCAUUGGAAAGACAUGCAGCCGUCUUGGUUGAAACUAUUAAAAAGGGAAUUCAUGAUGCUGAUGCUGAGGCCAGAGUGGAAGCAAGAAAGACAUAUAUGGGUCUUAGAAACCACUUUCCUGGUGAAGCUGAAACAUUGUAUAAUUCCCUUGAACCAUCUUAUCAGAAGAGUCUUCAAACGUACUUAAAGAGUUCCGGCAGUGUAGCAUCUCUUCCACAGUCUGACAGGUCUUCAUCUAGCUCACAAGAAAGUCUCAAUCGCCCCUUUUCUUCAAAAUGGUCUACAGCAAACCCAUCAACUGUAGCUGGCAGAGUAACAGCGGGCAGCAGCAAAGCUGGUUCCCUUCCAGGAAGCCUGCAGCGUUCGAGAAGUGACAUCGACGUGAACGCGGCUGCUGGUGCCAAGGCACAUCAUGCUGCUGGGCAGGCCAUGCGGAGUGGGCGCUUGGGUGCAGGUGCCCUGAAUCCGGGUUCCUAUGCAUCACUAGGUCGGGUGAGAGCAAAGCUUUCAACACCACUUGCUGGCAUAGGAAAUGCCAAGACAGAUUCCAGAGGAAGAAGUCGAACAAAAAUGGUGUCUCAGUCACAGCCUGGCAGCCGGUCUGGAUCUCCAGGAAGAGUUCUGACCACAACGGCCCUCUCCACUGUGAGCUCUGGUGUUCAAAGAGUCCUGGUCAACUCAGCCUCAGCACAGAAGAGAAGCAAGAUACCACGGAGCCAGGGCUGUAGCAGAGAGGCUAGUCCUUCUAGGCUCUCAGUGGCCCGAAGCAGCCGCAUUCCUCGACCAAGUGUCAGUCAAGGGUGCAGCCGAGAGGCCAGUCGGGAGAGCAGCCGGGACACAAGUCCUGUCCGUUCUUUCCAGCCCCUCGGUCCAGGAUAUGGGAUCAGCCAAUCAAGUCGACUAUCAUCUUCUGUCAGUGCCAUGCGAGUCCUGAACACAGGUUCUGAUGUGGAGGAGGCGGUGGCAGAUGCCUUGAAAAAACCUGCUCGAAGAAGAUAUGAGUCAUAUGGAAUGCAUUCAGACGAUGACGCCAACAGCGAUGCGUCUAGUGCUUGUUCAGAACGCUCCUACAGUUCUCGAAAUGGUAGUAUUCCUACGUAUAUGAGGCAGACCGAAGAUGUGGCAGAAGUCCUCAAUCGGUGUGCUAGUUCCAACUGGUCAGAAAGGAAAGAAGGCCUUCUGGGUUUGCAGAACUUACUAAAAAAUCAGAGAACACUGAGUCGAGUUGAACUGAAAAGACUAUGUGAAAUUUUCACAAGAAUGUUUGCUGAUCCUCAUGGCAAGGUAUUCAGCAUGUUUUUGGAGACACUAGUGGACUUCAUACAAGUCCACAAAGAUGAUCUUCAAGAUUGGUUAUUUGUAUUAUUGACGCAGCUAUUAAAAAAAAUGGGUGCUGACUUGCUUGGGUCUGUGCAGGCAAAAGUUCAGAAAGCCCUUGAUAUUACAAGAGAAUCUUUUCCCAAUGAUCUUCAGUUUAAUAUUCUAAUGAGAUUUACAGUUGAUCAGACUCAAACACCAAGCUUGAAGGUGAAGGUUGCUAUCCUUAAAUAUAUAGAAACUCUAGCCAAACAGAUGGACCCAGGAGAUUUUGUGAAUUCCAGUGAAACUCGCUUGGCAGUCUCUCGGUUUAUCACUUGGACAACAGAACCCAAAAGUUCUGAAGUUCGGAAGGCGGCGCACUCAGUGCUGAUUUCCCUCUUUGAACUCAAUACCCCAGAGUUUACUAUGCUAUUAGGAGCUUUACCAAAAACUUUUCAGGAUGGUGCUACCAAGCUUCUUUAUAACCACCUUCGAAACACUGGCAAUGGAACCCAGAGUUCCAUGGGGAGUCCUUUGACAAGACCAACACCACGUUCACCAGCCAACUGGUCCAGUCCUCUUACUUCUCCUACCAAUACAUCACAGAAUACUUUAUCUCCAAGUGCAUUUGAUUAUGACACAGAAAAUAUGAACUCUGAAGACAUUUAUAGCUCUCUUAGAGGUGUCACUGAAGCAAUUCAGAAUUUCAGCUUCCGUAGUCAAGAAGAUAUGAAUGAGCCAUUGAAAAGGGAUUCUAAAAAAGAUGAUGGAGAUUCAAUGUGUGGUGGUCCUGGGAUGCCUGACCCAAGAGCAGGAGGUGAUGCUACUGACUCAAGCCAAACAGCCGUUGACAAUAAAGCCUCAUUACUCCAUUCCAUUCCUGCUCACUCCUCUCCGCGCUCUCGAGAUUAUAACCCGUACAACUAUUCAGACAGCAUCAGUCCCUUUAACAAGUCUGCCCUCAAGGAAGCUAUGUUUGAUGAUGAUGCCGACCAGUUUCCUGAUGAUCUUUCCCUAGACCAUUCUGACCUAGUUGCGGAGUUAUUGAAGGAGUUGUCGAACCAUAAUGAACGGGUAGAAGAAAGAAAAAUUGCCCUCUAUGAACUUAUGAAACUAACCCAGGAAGAAUCUUUUAGUGUUUGGGAUGAACACUUUAAAACAAUAUUACUUUUACUGCUUGAAACCCUUGGGGAUAAAGAGCCUACAAUCAGGGCUUUGGCAUUAAAGGUUUUAAAAGAAAUCCUAAGGCAUCAACCAGCAAGAUUUAAAAACUAUGCAGAACUGACUGUCAUGAAAACAUUGGAAGCACAUAAAGACCCUCAUAAGGAGGUGGUGAGAUCAGCUGAGGAAGCUGCAUCUGUGUUGGCCACUUCAAUCAGUCCAGAGCAGUGCAUCAAAGUGCUUUGUCCUAUCAUCCAAACUGCAGAUUACCCCAUUAAUCUUGCUGCAAUCAAAAUGCAAACAAAAGUGAUAGAGAGAGUGUCCAAGGAAACUCUUAAUCUGCUUUUACCAGAAAUUAUGCCAGGCCUAAUACAGGGUUAUGACAAUUCAGAGAGCAGUGUUCGGAAAGCUUGUGUCUUCUGCCUGGUGGCUGUUCAUGCGGUAAUCGGGGAUGAACUAAAACCACAUCUCAGCCAGCUUACUGGCAGUAAAAUGAAGCUACUGAAUCUUUACAUCAAACGUGCACAAACAGGCUCUGGAGGAGCUGACCCCACUACUGAUGUCCCCGGGCAGAGUUAG